UGAAAAUGGCAUUAAUGUGCUCCGAUCCCUGUCUGGGGUCUGGUGGGGCGCUCAUCCCUACUGCCAAAAACUUGUCUAUAAUGCCAUAAUUCGUAGCCAAAUGGAUUAUGGUUCAUUUGUCCUAGAACCUUGCAAUAAAGUAGCUCUCAAGAAGUUAGACGCUAUCCAAGCCAAAUGUCUUCGGAUCAUUCUUGGAGCCAUGAGAUCCUCACCAAAGAAUGCCAUGCAGGUUGAGUGUGUGGAAGCUCCCCUUUUUCUCCGUAGGCAACUCCUUGCAGACCGAUAUGUUUUGAGGGCUUGUUCGAUAUCCAAUCACCCCCUCAUUCCUCGCUUACAGGCUCUCUCAUCUGUGGUAUCUGUAAAUGCAUAUUGGACCCAUAAACAAACACCAAGAUUCAUUACCAGCUUCAGAAAAAUUGAAAACCUCCCAUCCUCACUUUAUAACACAGAGAAAAACCCAAUAUUUGAAUUUGAAUAUAAUUAUUUAACUUACUGCCCCAGUGUAAUUUUAGAUUUUAACAUCAACAAAAAUGAUCCAGGAGCUAAUAUUAAAUUAAACAAAGAAUUGGAAAAAUGGCAAGAUUUCUUACCAAUCUUCACUGAUGCUUCAAAAUUGAACCCCAAUAGCUGUGUAGGAGCAGCAGUUUGGAUCCCUAGAUACCACAUCCUCUUAUCAUACAAAUGUCCCUCACAGUCCUCCGUCUUCACUGGGGAAUCAAUUGCCUUAAUGGAAGCAGUGGCAUAUGUUGAGUCUCACAAAAUUCCCAAAGUUAUCAUCUUCUCUGAUGCCAAAAGCUGCCUCCAAGCCGUAUCAGGUACCUACCAUAAGUCCUUUUACCAAACCAAAAUUUAUCAUACACUGAACAUGCUUAUCGUGCGUGGUACGUCUUAAAACGUCGUCAUUGGCAAAAUCCCUCCUGCCAAAACACAAGAGGGGAAAGCCAGGGAAAAAAAAAAAAAAAAAAAAAAAAUU